CUUUUUCUUUUCUCUUUCUUUCUCUUUCUUCCUUGUCCGCUGCUUUCCCGUCUUUACCCAGUCCCUUGCUCUUCUUUGUCCGCCGUCCUCCUCCCGUUAGAACAAUCUCCCGCCACCAGCCCACCACCUUUCCUCCAUUAAAGCGGUGCCCGGCCUCCAUAACCACCACCUCCGUGCACGGUUUCCACCUCCGUCGCCCUACCUCCAUACACACCGCCUCCGUCCACCACAUCUGCGGCCUCCACCUCCGCCUCCUCCAUUGGAGCGACCUCUCAGGACUAAGGUAAUUCUCAUUUACGUGAAAACAAGUAUAACCCUCCACUCCUUCAACAUCUGCGCACUUCUCAUCUGCCGCACAAUCAUCCAGUCUUUCACCUGCCCUAAUCUCACAUCAUCCAGGUUAGUUCUCUCAUAUCUCAUCUCAUUUAUUUUCCGGCUUGUAUGGACACCCUGCAUCCACGCGUCUGCCAAGGUUGUUGAAUUGUAUGGGCUGUUGGGAGAGAACUUAUCACAGUAGAAACCAACACAUUUGAUAAUCACCGGAUUUGGGGCUAACCCAAAGGAUCUAGUGCCCAUUUCAACACACACACACACACAGUCCAAGUUAAAAAAGUGACUUUAUUCAUUACUUCAGUUUAUAUCAUUUCACCACUCUAUUUGUUGAGUUGAAUUGAAUUUCUGAAAUCUUUAAUUUGUUUUUGGGAGUUGCUAGGCUUCUGUAGUAGUUUCCAUGACCGGAUUGACCGGCCAAACACUUCUGUAGGAUAUAUUUCUAAUUUGAAGGGCAAAACACUUCCUUUACUAAAAUAACAUUUUGUAGUUCUUCCAAACAAAGUUAACUUAUACUUCACAUAUACACUUACCUUCCUUCCUUACCCGUGCCUACACUUCCUAACACUUGUUACUAACACCCUUCAGCACCUCAUUGAAACAUAGCAUUAGGUGCUUUCAUUUUUUAAUCAGUAAUGAAUUUUAGAUAGUCUAAAUUCCAUAUAUGAAGCAAUACUUUACAAUCCCGGUAUCUUCCCUAGAUGUGUAUGAGAGACUACCUAGAUCUUAUUUUUGCGUUUCAUGUAAGCAUUCGCUUUGUUAUACACACACACAUACAUAUUCUCAAUUUUACUAUUUUAUAAAUUCUAUCUACAGUAAUGAAAAGACUGUUUCAGCUGUGUAUAUUAUGUUUUUUAGACUACGUCUUAAUCAGUUUUUUACCAUCUAUAGUAUCUAAUAACAUCAAAUGCUCAUAUUUAUUUUUAAUAUUAUCUUGGUAUUUUAUUAAGAAUUCUGCAAUUUUGUUUUGUUGUUGCUUUGUCAAAAGAUAUUUCUUGCAAUGCUGGAAUGCUUGUGUGGAAAAAGUUUACAUUCUUAGUUCAGUUUACUGGGUGUGAGGCUGAGAGCAUGACCCUUUUUCACAUCUCUGUUCUUUGGGUUUGAUAUAGUUUGGGUUUUGUAAUUGGGAAUCACAAAAGAGCUACUCCAACGUUCAUCUUUUGCAGUACUCUGCACAGCCCCCCCUACCAAUGUACAUUUUGCAGAAAACAAACGAAGACUAAAAACUAAAGUGAAUGAUAAAAUUGUGACACAUAUAGCAAAAAAAAGCUAGAGACCGUCAAGGCCUUAUGGCAAGGUUCUGAGCUACUCCUGCCCGUAAAGAGUACAUUUAUCUAUGUGACUCUUAAUUCAGCUAGGUAGGCAGUUUUGGCGGGAAAAUUGGGACAACACACUUCCUUAUUAUAUGUAGAUAAAUUUAUAAGUGUUUGUGGUGCUUUAUUAUGAGGUACCUGACAUGGUUUGUAAAGAGAAACUAUUUAAUAUUUAAGUUUAAUUUUUAUAUUUGUUAGAAAAUUGUUGCUAGUAUAGAGAAAGAUGGAAAAUGCAGAGGAUGAAUGUCAUGUUGCAGGUGGACCCCAAGAGAAACAUGAAGAUGAGGAAACCAUUACCCGCCUUGAGGAAUUCAAGAAAUCUAUCGAGGCAAAGACGGCUCUCCGCCACAACAAUUUCCACCCUGAAAGGCCAGACUCAGGUUUCCUCAGGACACUGGAUUCCAGCAUUAAACGUAAUACUGCAGUCAUUAAGAAACUUAAACUGAUUAAUGAAGAGCUGAAAGAAGGUUUAAUGGAUGAACUGCGAAGCGUCAACUUAAGUAAAUUUGUUAGUGAAGCAGUUUCUGCUAUUUGUGAUGCCAAACUUCGAUCAGUUGACAUACAAGCUACUGUUCAGAUCUGCUCUUUGUUACAUCAGCGGUACACAGAUUUUUCACCAAGCCUAGUUCAAGGCCUCAUGAAAGUGUUCUUUCCUGGGAAAUCUGCCGAUGACUUAGAACUGGACAGGAAUGCAAGGGCUAUAAAGAAGCGCAGCACAUUGAAACUUCUCUUGGAACUUUACUUUGUCGGAGUUAUAGAAGAUUGUAGCAUAUUUGUGAACAUUAUUAAGGAUCUAACUAGCAUAGAGCACCUGAAAGACCGUGAUGCUACACAGACAAAUUUGUCCCUUCUUACAAGUUUUGCUCGGCAAGGGAGAUAUCUUCUUGGUCUUCAACUGACAGAUCAAGAUAUUUUUGAAGAGUUUUUCAAAGGCCUCAGUGUCACAACAGAGUUGAAAAGGAUCUUCAGAAAGGCAUUUCAAACAUAUUAUGAUGCAGCUGUUGAACUUCUUCGGUCAGAGCAUGCUUUGCUUCGUCAAAUGGAGCAUGAAAAUGCAAAAAUUUUGGCUGCUAAAGGUGAACUCAACGAGGAAAGUGCAUCCUCAUAUGAAAAGCUGCGGAAAGCUUAUGACCAGCUGUACCGUGGUGUCUCAGCUUUAUCAGAAUCACUGGACAUGCAACCUCCUGUGAUGCCCGAGGAUGGUCAUACAACCAGGGUAACAUCAGUGGAAGACAUAUCAUCUCCAGGUGGUGGUGUUAAAGAUUCUUCCAUUGAAGCCCUGUGGGACGAUGAGGAUACAAGGGCUUUCUACGAGUGUCUCCCAGAUCUCAGGGCAUUUGUCCCUGCUGUCUUAUUGGGAGAAACUGAAUCAAAAUUGAGUGAGCAAGCUCCAAAGGCUCAAGAACAACUCACUGAUUUGACAUCAGAUUCAGAUCAAGGUCAGAGCCAGAUAUCUACAAAAAACAGUGCAGAGUGUUCUCAAGAUUCUGGAGUGAUUGCAGAGGAUAAGAGUGAUAUAAUUAAGGAUAAAGAUGAAAAAGAUAAAGAAAAGAACAAGGAAGCAGACAAAGAUAAAGGGAAAGAAAAGGAGUCAGAAAGAAAAGUAGAUAGUGAAAAGGAUAAAGUUAAAGGUCUUGAAGGGGCCAAUUUAGAAGGUUUAUUGCAGAGGCUUCCGGGUUGUGUGAGCCGUGAUUUGAUAGACCAGCUAACUGUUGAAUUUUGCUACCUGAAUUCUAAAUCUAACAGAAAGAAGCUUGUGAGGGCUCUGUACAAUGUUCCGAGAACUUCUCUCGAAUUGUUGCCAUACUAUUCUCGUAUGGUUGCUACUCUGUCAACUUGCAUGAAGGAUGUGCCUUCGAUGCUUUUACAGUUGUUAGAGGAAGAGUUCAACAGUUUGAUAAAUAAGAAGGAUCAAAUAAACAUUGAAAGCAAAAUAAAGAACAUUCGUUUUAUUGGAGAACUCUGCAAGUUCAAAAUUGCAGCUUCUGGUCUCGUUUUCAGUUGUCUAAAGACUUGUUUGGAUGAUUUCACACAUCACAAUAUCGACAUUGCUUGCAAUCUUCUGGAAACAUGUGGUCGUUUUCUCUACCGUUCCCCUGAGACCACAAUCCGCAUGGCUAACAUGCUAGAUAUACUGAUGCGCUUGAAGAACGUUAAAAAUUUGGAUCCUCGGCACAUCACUUUAGUGGAGAAUGCAUAUUACUUGUGCAAGCCUCCUGAAAGGUCUGCACGAGUAUCUAAGGUUCGCCCUCCUUUGCAUCAGUAUAUAAGAAAACUCCUUUUCUCGGAUCUAGAUAAAACUUCCAUAGAGCAUGUACUAAGACAACUUCGGAAACUUCCGUGGAGUGAAUGUGAGUCAUACCUUUUGAAGUGCUUUCUGAAGGUGCAUAGGGGAAAGUAUGGUCAGAUUCACCUGAUUGCUUCUCUUACUGCUGGUUUGAGCCGGUAUCAUGACGAUUUUGCUGUUGCGGUUGUUGAUGAGGUGUUAGAGGAGAUCAGAGUGGGGUUAGAGUUGAAUGACUAUGGGAUGCAACAAAGGCGCAUUGCUCACAUGCGGUUUUUAGGAGAGCUGUAUAACUAUGAAAUUAUAGACUCUUCGGUCAUUUUUGAUACACUCUAUCUGAUUCUAGUUUUUGGCCAUGGAACAGCAGAGCAAGACAAACUGGAUCCGCUGGAGGAUUGUUUCCGUAUCAGAAUGGUCAUUACUCUUCUUGAAACCUGUGGACACUACUUUGAUCGAGGUUCUUCAAAGAGGAAACUCGAUCGGUUCCUCAUUCAUUUCCAAAGAUACAUAUUGAGCAAAGGAAUGUUGCCCCUGGAUAUCGAGUUUGAUUUGCAGGACUUGUUUGCUGAAUUGCGCCCCAAAAUGAUUCGAUAUGCCUCGAUUGAUGAAGUCAAUGCGGCAAUCCUUGAACUCGAUGAACAUGAACAAGCGGUUUCAACUGAAAAGGCUAAUGCUGAAAAGCAUCUUGAUACAAAACUUGAAAACCCAGUCGAUGGAGGACAAAAGCUUGCAAAUAAAAUUAUUGAAGAAAAUGGUGAACCACAUGAGGAUAUUAUUCCGGGAGAUAGUGAAAGUGAUUCAGACAGUGAGCAUCGGGGGCGUGAUGAUGAUGAAUUUGACGAAGAGAAUCAUGAUGAUGUGUCGGAGACCGAUGACGAGUAUAAUGAUGUGGGCAGGCCACCGGCUUCAGAUGAAGAAGAUGAGGUACAUGUUAGGUCAUCAAAGGUUGCUGAAGUGGAUCCCCAGGAGGAGGCUGACUUCGAACGUGAGCUCAGGGCUUUACUGCAGGAGAGUUUAGAUUCACGAAAACUGGAGCUGCGUGCAAGACCGACAAUCAACAUGGUAAUACCAAUGAAUGCAUUUGAGGGGCCCACAGCCAAGGAUGAAGAAGAUGAGACAUUGGUGGACGAUGAAGCUGGAGCAGGAAAAGAGGUCAGGGUUAAGGUCCUUGUGAAACGGGGAAACAAACAACAGACAAAACAGAUGUACAUCCCCCGUGAUUGCUCCAUCAUACAGAGCUCGAAGCAGAAAGAAGCAGCCGAGCUUGAAGAGAAACAAGACAUCAAGAGGCUGGUCUUGGAAUAUAAUGACAGAGAGGAAGAGGAGCUUGUUAGUGGGGUCCAUGGGAACCAACAUCAGAGCUGGUCUCAAAGCGGCAGUGGCAGUGGUAGAGGCUCAAGUCGUGGCAAUGCAUGGAAUGGUGGGCCACGUCAUCGCUAUCUGCAACACUCUGGCGGUGGGUUGUAUUAUGGUAGAAGAAGAUGACAUUGUUAACUUUGCCCUCAAUAUUAUUAAUAUUUGCAGACAAAUCAUUUUGUUUGCUAAACUAGUAAAGUAGCUGGAAAUGUGUAUCAGAGUUGUAAAUAAUAGAGUAUCAACUAUCAAGUACGGAGUAUUUCUUGAGCAAGAAAAAAAUUAAAAAAUAACUUCAUUAGAACAAGUUCCAAAUGGUCUCAUGGAAUGGAAACUAGACUGAAACUCUGGAACUGGAAGGGUUUUUGAUUUGCCAUUUCGCACCAAUCAAACUAGACACCAUAUAAGGUGUCUGCCGCGACCGUGCCGGAUUAGGUCACUGGCGAUGGCUGUUUUAGAUGCGGUGUUUGAUGAUGGCAAUUUCAGAUGCGGUGGCAGCAGAGGAUGUAAAGACCAUGAAAGACUUGGCGGCACCAGAGGGUGACAAUGAUGAAGAUGAUGGCAGUGGUGGAGAACACGGCAGCGUCGGAUGAGGACUCGUCUGAGAGUGCUGGUGUCGCUGGAGAUGGCGGUGAUAGCGUCAGAGUGGAUGCCAUCGUGCACCAGAUUUGGUGCCAUCAUACUAUCGCCGAAUAUUAGUUUUUAUUAUUAAGUUUGUUUUAGUAUUUUGUUUUAUAAUUUUAAUUAUCAAUAAGGAGAUCAGUUUUUUCUUCAAGGGUUUUCUUGUUAACUCGGGUUUUCUUACUUCUAUGAAAGAUUGAAGUCCUACUUUUAUAUUAUUAUUCGAAUGAUUCACGUUCAAUGUGAAAAUCUAUCUUUGUUAACCAAUAAUCCAAGUAUUGAAUAUUGGACAGCGAUGAUAACUAGUGUUAAAAAGAU